AUGUUCUACACACUCAAUAAUAUUUACAGGAGUGGGUUUUGCCUUCCCAUAUUUCGAGAUGUACUGAUCGAUGCCCUUACUCGCAAUGCAGUGUUAAUCAUUACUCGUGUAUCUGUGCUUGUCUCGAACAUCCUCGUAGUCGCAGCAACAUGGUAUUACAUUGGCCGUACGAGCUUUGUUAAAACACAGCUCGUACGUGAUAUGUGGACUGCAAGGCCCAAUCUCACGACUGUCAUGAUUCGAGAUGAAAGACAGUGGUUACUCAUGAAUGACGUCAUUAAUUUCAUGAGCAGAAUCAUUUCGCUGCUCGACAUUGCUGACCUCAUCGUGAACACUAUCACCAUCUAUGGUUGCACCCUCGGGCUGGAUAUAACAAAUCUGAUUACAGCGAUGUCGAGCAUCUCAAUAUCCCGCUUCCUCAUCUGCAUCCGCGAGGCUGCAGAACGCUCAACACAGGCAUUCGGCUCCCAAUCUCUAUCCUUUGUCGAUUCACAAGGCAGCGCUUCCCCCCAACCCCGGCUCUCCAGCUCAGAGUUUGCUUCAGACAUCGCCACGCGCUCUGCACAGAAUGGCCAUGCGGAGGCUUUCCCCGAUCUCGAUGACAAUGACGACAACUUGGACUCGGAAUGUGGCGAAGAAGCACAGAUAGCCGAAGAUGAGAAUGGGAUUGAAAUGGACGAGUAUGCGGCAGGUGGACAGCAAUCUCCUCUAGUGUGGGGCACGCAUGUUGCGACAUACUUCAACCUGCCGUUCAUGUCUAUUUUGUUUCGCUUCUAUAUCUAUUGUACUCAUCUCCUUCCGAUCGUCGAUCAGUCCCGAUGA